AUGAUUAUCGCGGAUACGGCGACAGCGACAGCGCCAGUCAAUCUACUCCCUCGUGGUGCGCUAGGAGAGCUUUGCUUUGGCGGAGACCAAAUUGGACGCAUCUUUCACUCAGACAGACUUGGUGAAGAGAAAUUCAUUGAUCACCCCCAGUUUGGUCGACUUUGUCGGACUGGUGAUCGUGGCAGGAUACUUUCAGACGGGACCAUAUCUCUGGCUUCCGGCCUCAAAGUACACGGGAAAGAAAUUGAUGUCGACGAGAUUGAUCGUGCUCUCCUCUCUUCGGGCAUGGUUGAAGAUUCUGUUAGUAUUGUACUGGAUAACCCCACCACUAACCAGCAGCAAUUGGCAACCGUCUGGACUCCAUCGGAAAAGGCUCGAAAAUCAACAGAUUCCGAAAAUUUGGAAGACAUUGCCAAAGAUCUUCUUACCGAACUCACGACAAAGCUUUCAUCGACUGCAUCGACUUCGACUGUCCCGUCUCUACUUGUUCCAAUGAGCGGGAUUUUCAUGACAAAGUCUCACACAGUAGACUAUGCAAGGAUAAAACAAGAAGUUGAGCAGAUUGAUCCACAGAGACUUGCACUGUUCUCUCUCCAACUCGAUGCGGAAAACUCCGAUGCUCCUCUGAGUGAGGUUGAGCAGAUCAUUGCUGGAGCACUGUCUACAAUAACUGGAGUGGAUUUGAAAAGCAUUGGCAGAUACAGUUCAUUCUAUAAGCUUGGACUGGAUUCGCUUUCUGCAAUUUCCUUCUCACGAAAGCUGCAGGAGUCUGGACUCGAAAGACUCCCCGUAUCGACGAUUCUUCAACGCAGCUCCGUUGCUCAACUAGCAACUGUUGCAAGUAUCAUGACGAAUGGACAUGUGACCGCGCCAAUUCCAGUUGAGGAUAAGCCCAGCUCAGUGUUCGAUGAAAAUUUUCUUCGCGAAGUCAAUGAUGAAUUUAUCAGCGAAGAUGUAUCUGUCAAAAGCGUCUACCCCUGCACACCUCUGCAGGAAGCAAUGCUGGCAGCCAAAUCAGACGAUGACUCGGCAUAUUUCAACCACUUACUUUUACGCGUGAACACCGAAAUUGAAGGCUUGAAAUCUGCAUGGAACCACAUGUUGCAAAGGCACGAUAUUCUCCGAACUUGCUUCAGACCGACCAACGAUAAGCGUUUCGCGUAUGCACAGAUAGUGCUGGAGACUGCCUCUUUACCAUGGUUCUAUCUCGAAGUCUCAUCUCAGGGACUUGAUCAUGAUGUCGAAAAGAGAAAGUCCGAAUUCGAAAGUCGCUCUCCUGUCAAGGACAUGCUUCCGUAUUCGUUGACUGUAUACGUGAACCCCGCUGACAACACCGCACACCUGCUUCUGUCUAUUCACCAUGCCCUUUAUGAUGGAGAAGGAAUCGCGCAACUUCUUCACGAGCUCCAGUCUUCGCUUGCGGGUCAAUCAUUGCCAGACACGACACCAUUCCACAAGUUCAUUGAUUACAUGCUCUCGACGAACACAGAAAUAUCGGAUCAGUAUUGGGAUCAAUACCUAUCUGGCAUCUCACCAAGCCUUCUAUCAGCCCCAGCCCCAGCCCCAGCCAAAGAAAAGACGCCUGACCAAUCUGCUUCUCGGCAGAUCCAGGUAACCUUAAAUGGCUCCUUCACCUCAUUCAAAGACCAAUGCAAAAGUCUUUCAGUGACGCCAUUGAAUGUUUUCCACGCUGCCUGGGCCAGACUCCUAUCCUUCUACGCCGGGUCAUCAGAUAUCUGUUUCGGCAAUGUAUUCAGCUGCCGAACGAUUCCUCUAGAGGGAGCAGAUCAAAUUGUCGGCCCUUGCUUCAACACACUUCCAAUGAGAGUCAAAUUCACGUCCACCUCCACAAACGUGGACAUGAUGAAACUAUGCCAGAAACACAACAGCGAAAUUCUCCCCCACCAAUUGACUCCCUUGCGCCACAUCCAGAAGCGUACGCUGCCUCCUCUCCACGGAGGCUCUAUGCUCUUUGAUACACUAGUCAUUCUUCAGACUAGGGGUACCGAGCUCGAUCGUCAAUAUUGGGAACUCCUCUCCGACGAAGGAAAUAUGGGAUUCCCAUUGAUCUGCGAAGUCAUUCCCGAUGAAAUCCGCGAUACUAUCCAGAUUUCCCUCCACUACCAGCAGUCGUAUUUGGGAAGUGAUGUCACGGAGAGACUUGCGCGGGACUUUGUGGCUUUGGUCGAGAAUAUGACUCAGUAUCCUUCUUCGCAGGCCUCUGAUAAGAGAUCUAUCGGAGACAAUGUGCCGCAGAUCUUUGAGAAGAUGAUCAAGUCCAACACUUCUCAGAUAAAGUCCCAGCAGCCAAAUAUCAUCACUCGCCCUUGGUCUACUCAGGAGGAGGCGCUGAGGGAAAUCCUUUGUCAAUAUUCUGCAGUCGAUCCGGGUGGUGUUUCUUUGCAUACGACAAUCUUUCAACUUGGGUUGGAUAGCAUCAAUGCCGUGCAGAUUUCGGGCAAAUUCCAUAAAAUGGGAUACAAAAUAUCUGCGGGUGAUAUUCUCGAGGCUGCGUCGAUUGAAAACAUUGCGUCUCUGCUCGAUAAUAGCGCAAAGAACAACCUGAAGAAGGAAGACGAAUUUGACUUCGCUACCUUCGAGAGCAAGCAUCUCCGCACCGCUUGCGAACAACAUCAAAUUCCCUCGCAAAUCGUGCAAUCCGUCCGACCCUGUACACCUGUUCAAAAUGGAAUGCUCGCAAGUUUCACCCAUUCUAGUGGCAGUAUGUACUUCAACAUAAUGGCUUUGAAGUCCCCGGUGGCUUUGGAUCGAGUCCUACUCAAGGAAGCAUGGUCAUCCGUGAUGUCUCAGCACGAGAUGCUCAGGACUGGCUUUGUUCAAUUACAUGAUCAGCAGUAUCCAUUUGCUAUGAUCACCUAUGAGCCAGGAGUUGAGCUUCCUUGGUAUGAAACAUCCGGAGGCACCAUCGAUGCUCAAGGAAAGCGGGUUCUUGAAAACCUCCAUCAACCUACCUGGGCCGUGUCAGUUGAAUCAAGCGAAACCAUCACGACGGUUCAUUUCUCAGCUCUCCAUGCAAUCUACGACGCCCAGUCAUUGACAUCGAUAUUCUCCGACGUCAUGGCAUCCUAUGAAGGCAAAAUUCUUUCAAGCCGUCCCUCAAUCACCGCAACCCUUGGACCAAUUCUUCUCGAAAGCCAUAAACAAAAUAUCGAACAAUCGCGUGAAUUCUGGCAAAGCACCGCCCCCGAAGCCCAUGCCACUAAAAUACCCGAUUUAAACCCUAUCCGAAUCGAGAAGAAGGACUCGGAGUUACUUGAAAGUUCCAUUCGCUGCUCAUCCCCGCUGAAAGAGCUGGAAAAUUCGUGCCGGGAGAUGGGUGUGACUUUACAAGCCGCUGGACAAGUCGCGUGGGCAAAAGAAAAUGUGACUUUUGGCACCGUUUUGUCUGGUCGGAACUUAUCGGCAAGUGCUCAAGAUGCUGUUUUCCCUUGUCUGGUUACAGUGCCUUCGCCUCAUCAUAUUGGUGGAACCAAUCGCGAGCUUUUGGAACGCACGUUGAAGAGAAAUGCCAAUCUGGUUAGGCAUCAGUUUACGCCGUUGGCGCAGAUUCAGAGGUGGAUUGGUAGUGAUGAGCCGCUUUUUGAUACUCUGUUUGUUUAUCAGAAGUUUGCUUCUGGUCCGACAGAUGUGCAGAGAUGGGAAGUUGUUGACGAGGAAACGAGGAUUGAUUACCCCUUGUCAAUUGAACUGGUUCCACGUCAAACAGAUCUUGAAAUUCGCAUCAGCUAUCGAAGUGACAUUGUUCCAGAAGAGCAGGCCGAAAUCCUUCUCGGUCAAUACGAUAAACUUCUAGAACAAACCAUAUUUUCUCCUGAUUCCGAUUCGGAUGAUAACCUGGUUCUGGGAAACACUUUGCUUUCUGUUACGCCUGCCAAGGAGCAAUCACUGCCUACCUCAGUCUCUCUUCUGCAUCAAUUUGUUGAACAAAACGCUCAACGAAUCCCAGACAAAACUGCUCUCGAAUUUGCAUUUGGUUCGAGCAUUGACAAUUUGCAAAAGAAGGUCUGGUCCUAUCGCGAAUUCAACGAGGAUGGUAAUCGAGUUGCACACUUCUUGCAAGAGAAGGGAGUCGUCCCAGGUGGCAUGGUUGCCAUUUGUUUCGAUAAAUGCCCUGAAGCCUCCAUAGCGAUUCUGGGAAUUCUCAAGGCUGGAUGCGCGUAUGUUGCCAUUGACCCUUCUGCUCCCAUCUCUCGGAAACAAUUUAUCCUGGGAGAUUCCGACUCCAAGCUCCUCCUUUGCAAUAUGGCCAGGGAGGCUGAUCUCACAGAGCUUGAGGGGAUUGACAUCCAGGCACUUGACCAGCCAGGAUUGUUCAAGGAUUAUUCUCCAGAACAGCCAUCUCUCUCCCGUGAGAUCCGACCUGAUGAUACCUCCUACUGUUUGUAUACAUCUGGUACCACAGGCACGCCAAAGGGCUGUGAACUCACCCAUGACAAUGCCGUGCAAGCGAUGCUGGCAUUUCAAAGGCUCUUUUCCCCGCACUGGGAUGAAGAUUCGCGCUGGCUGCAAUUUGCAUCAUUCCAUUUCGAUGUCAGCGUUCUUGAGCAGUACUGGAGUUGGAGUGUUGGUAUUUGUGUGACUUCCUGCCCUCGCGAUCUCCUAUUCGAGGAUUUGCCUGGCAUGAUUCAAAAGCUACAGAUCACACAUAUCGACUUAACUCCCAGUUUAGCUCGCCUGGUCCAUCCAACCGAAGUCCCAUCGCUAUGCCGAGGCGUAUUCAUUACUGGCGGAGAAGCGCUGAAGCAAGAGAUUCUUGACGCAUGGGGAGAACAUGGAGUCAUUUACAAUGGAUACGGACCUACAGAGGUAACGAUUGGCUGUACGAUGCUUCCGCGGAUGCGCGCCAAUGACAAACCCUCCAACAUUGGACCUCAAUUUGACAACGUUGGAUCCUACGUCUUCCGACCUGGUACUUCGACCCCUGUUCUACGCGGUGGUCUUGGCGAAUUGUGCGUUUCUGGACCACUUGUUGGAAAGGGGUAUUUGAAUCGGGCAGAGCUUACGGUUGAGCGAUUCCAAACGGUGCCAGAGUGGAACGAUCGCAUUUACCGCACUGGCGAUUUGGUGCGGAUUUUACAUGAUGGUAGUUUCCAGUUCCUUGGUCGUAUCGAUGAUCAGGUCAAGCUUCGUGGACAAAGACUUGAGAUUGGAGAAAUUAAUGAAGUCAUCAAGCAGUCGACGUCUGCUUUGAAUGAAGUUGCCACUUUGGUGGUUAAGCAUCCGAAUCAAUCGAAGGAUCAACUGGUUUCUUUCGUCACCAAGGCUGUUGCCACUGACACGAAUAAGAAAUCACAGAGCGUGGAGGUUCUUUCGCUUUCUUCUGGUGACGAUCGUGAAUUCUUGUCUGUCGUUAAAACUGCUUGUCACACGCAUCUUCCGGGGUAUAUGGUGCCUACCCACAUCAUUCCGAUGUCUCGCUUCCCCUUAUCGGCAAAUAACAAGGCCGACAUGAAAGUUUUGAAGGGCAUCUAUCAAGAACUUUCUUUGGAAGAUAUUCAGAACCUGAAUGCGAUGACUGUUGAUCGGACUAGGAAGAGUUCGUACGAAGAGAAGAUUAUCUCGAUUUUGGCCGAGUUCAUUGGGUCGAAUGACUCGGAGUCAACUAUCUCGUCUUGGUCAAGCAUUUACGAGUUGGGUCUUGACUCUAUCUCUGUUUUGUCAUUCGCUAGGAGCUUGAGAGAGGGGGGCUUUCCUCAAGCACAGCCAUCUUUGAUUAUGAAGCAUCCCACGGUUUCCGGUUUGGCGACAGCCCUCGAGGAAUCUAAAUCUCCGUCCACAUCAUUCGAUAGUCUUCACAGGCAUGCAAAGCAAGCCAUGGAAGCGUUUGCUCACAAAAAUUCUCACUCUGUCAUCGAAAGCAUUGGUGUGUCGGAUGGGGAUGUUGAGCAAAUUGCCCCUUGCACCCCGCUCCAGGAAGGCAUUAUAUAUCAUUUCCUGUCGAGCCCCACACCACUCUACUGCUCUUCGUUUAUUUUCGAACUCAACGCCUCUGUGGACCUGGAAAGACUGCAGGCUGCCUGGACACAAGCACAAAGUGAAGUUCAAGUACUACGAACACGGUUCUCACCAUCACCCGACGGCUAUGCUCAAAUUGUGUUGAAGAAGGAUGCACUCCCUUGGUUCCACAAGGAGGUGGAGUCGGACCAGGGCAUUGAAAAUGUUCGCAAAAAAGAGCUUCAGCGAUGGAUUGCCGGACUUGAUAGUCUCAUGACCCAGCUGUGGGAAGUUGGGGUGAUUACUUCGCCUGGAAGUCGACUUUUGUGUCUCAACAUAUUCCAUGCCCUCUAUGAUGGGAAUAGUCUCAGGUUACUUCUCGAACUUGUUUCGCGGAUAUACCUAGAAGAAGACAAGGGUUCCGAAAAACCGCCCAACUUCCUCGAUGUGCUUCACUUGGGCCCUCUUUGCAAAGACCCCUCCGAAGAAAAGUUCUGGAAAGACCAUCUUGCAGACUAUUCGCAUAAAUCCUUGCCUAGAUCGAACGAUACCGAAGUCGCCAUUGAGUCCACUGUCCAGAUCAUUCAAAUUGAUGGAACUGAAUCUCUGGAUCAUCUGCGAAAAUCGCUUAACGUUACUGAACAGGCGAUUCUCCAUGCCUGCUGGCUAUUGACGCUCUACGACCAUUACUCAUUCGUGCCAUCUUUGGGUAUCAUUGCUUCUGGUCGAACGAUUGAUGUAGCGGGAGUUACCGAUAUCAUUGGUCCCCUGUUCAACACCAUCCCAAGUAAUGUACAGCUGCGUGGUUUGAAAUCCUGGUCAGAAGUCGCUCAGCGAUGCCAUGAGUAUCACGCCUCGACAAUUCCCUUCCAGUACACUGCCUUGCGAGAUAUAGUGAAAUGGCUUGGACAGAAUCCCGAUGAGCCACUUUUCGAAUCACUGUUCGUCUUCCAGAGAGACAAUGCCGAGGGCGAGUCCUCAACUAGCAAGCUCUGGAACGCACAGGAUGGUGAAGCCCGGCAUGAGUACCCCUUGGCAUUUGAAAUUGCGCGCAAUGGCAAUCAAUCACUCACCGCUACGCUUGCUGCCAAGGGGGACGUCUUGUCUUCGGAGGCAGCGAAGAAAAUGCUUUUGCAUUUCCAGAACGUUCUGUCCGACUUUGCUCAGCAUCCAGACAAAGAGCUGCUUUACACCAAUGGUAUCGCAGAGGAAAGACCGCUACUGACAAACGGCCACAAUCCCAAUGUCCAAGAGCCGACUGCAAAAUACGAAGAUUCAUCAUUUAACUGGACUUCUCAGGCCUCCACAAUCCGCGAUGUUAUCGCAAAUUUGGCCGGAGUUGAAGUGCUGUCCAUCAACCCUGAGACAUCGAUCUUCGAAGUUGGACUUGACAGUAUCGAUGCAAUCAAACUAUCCUCUCGACUAAGCAAACAUGGAAUCAGGCUACCGGUCAGUUCCAUCAUGCGGCACCGCAAUGUCAAGGCAAUGUCGGCACAGCUCUCCAUGGAAGAUAUCCCCGAGCAGAACGGAUCAUACCCGAAACUGACCCAUAUGACCAAUACCUUGACCGAGUUCCUUGAAAAGGAAAAUCUUGUCCCUCACGGCACCAGUCAGAUUCUACCUGCUACGCCAAUACAGGAAGCCAUGAUAGCAGAGAUGACUGCCUCAGAAUUCCAACAUUACUACAACCAUGAGAUCCUGCAGCUGGAGCCAAAUGUGGACCUGACAAGACUCCGAGAAGCCUGGAGAACAGUCGUCAAGUCUCACCCUAUUCUUCGAACUUCCUUCGUUGAAGUCUGGGAUCCGAAAAUACCCGCUUCAUACGCCCAGAUCGUGCAUGAAGAAGAUGCGUUUGAUUUCAGAAUCGUGGAUCUGAAUGGGAAACCUGUUGAGUCGAUCAUCGAGGCUCAGCGUAUACGAGCUAUGAACCAACUCUCAGAUUCCCCACUGCUAAGUCUGACCGCGGCCAUGGAUGGAGAUCAUACUUAUCUCGUUCUGUCGAUUUCCCACGCCCUCUAUGAUGGGUGGUCAAUCAAUUUGCUCCACGAGGACGUUGCCCGCUCUUAUAAGAGCGAAAACUGCACGCGACCACGUCCCGACGCUAUUCUGGAGCAGAUACUUGAAUCAUCAGGGGAGCGAUCACUCAAUUUCUGGAGAGCAACUUUGUCAAACUGCACGACGGUGUCUUUCCCAGCUGGAAAGAAUUCAAAGAAGGAUUCAAGCGUGGUUAAUCGUGCAGAGAAGCCAUUAGCUAUCUCAUUCGACAAGGCCGAGGCCUUUUGCCGACGCCAUGGUAUCACCAUGCAAGCACUUCUUGUUAGCUGUUGGUCCCUUGUCCUGGCUACUCAUGUCAAGAAGCUGGAUGUUAUCUUUGGCCUCGUUCUCUCUGGUCGGAAUGUGGCUGAUUCUGAGAAUGUCAUGUUUCCCACAAUGAACACGGUUGCGAUGCGUGUCAUUUUACAUGGUUCGCGGCUGGAAUUGGUGAAAUAUGUCCAGGAAACUCUAUUGGAGAUGUCGGAGCAUCAGCAUUUCCCGCUUCGACGCGCAAGACCGGAUGCACGGGCGCAGAAUCUUUUCGAUACGUUGUUCAUUUAUCAGAAGAGACCUGCCGAGGAGGAGAAGUCAGGAGAAGGAGAGGGAGAGGCUUUGUAUAAGUCUACUGGGGGUGCGUCUGAUGUGGAAUAUCCUGUUUGUGUGGAGGUUGAGGGUGUUGAAAAGGAGCUUGUUGGCCGGGUGGCCUGUCGGGGAAGUGUUUUGGGUGAAGAGGAUACAUUUGUGUUAUUGGAGCACAUAUCCCAUGUGCUGUCGUCGAUUAUUAACGAAGAGUCGAAGCAGACUGUUGAAUUUACUGAUGACGCCAUGGAUAUAUGUGAUCAUUCUGUCGUUCAGGAUGUGGAUAUUUCCAAACCGGGUGUUCAGAAUGGAGUCCCAGCCCAGACAAAUGGUCACAGUCACGCAGAGUGGUUGCCCAUUGAGUCUACCAUCCGCAACGUUCUCUCAGUCGUGUCUGGCGUGCCCGAAGACGCGAUUCACAAGACAGACAAUAUUUUCCAGCUCGGAUUGGACAGUAUCAGUGCGAUUAAGGUGGCUGCGCUCCUCAAGAAACAAUCCGUCAGACUCGCUGUCAGCGAUAUGAUCAGAGAAGGCACCAUUGAGAAGAUGGCACACACAGCGACAGCGAAUAACGGCCAGACAGAACUCAGCGACAAACAAAUAUCAAAUGCCCUGACUGAGUCAUUGGCCGGCAUUGACCUUGUUUCAUUAUUCAAGCCUUACAACAUCGAUCCCCAACGAAUCCAGAAAGCGAUGCCUGCGACUGCUGGCCAGUCUUACUUCCUCUCAAUGCACAGUUUGAAUCCCGAGGUCUUCUACCCUGCAUUCUACUACCUGGCUUCAUCGCAGUUGAGCCAGGAGAUUCUCGAAAACGCAUGGACUUGUCUCACGGCGCAAAUGUCCAUUCUCCGCACGGCAUUUAUCCCGACCAGCACCAGCGCCAACCGGGGAUCUCCGCCUUAUAUCCAGGUUAUUCUUAAAUCCGAAUCAACGCAGAACCCCGUCAUCUGGCACAAGAAUUUCAACGACCUCACGCCGUCAGCGCUCAUCGAACGGGAACGGGGCUUCGGUUCGGUUCCGGCCAUGCUUCAUGCUUGUCAAACAUCAGGGGGAACAGCUCUGAUGCUGCACAUCCAUCACGCUCUCUAUGACGCCGUUAGCCUGCCAUCCACUGUGGACAAACUCUCCCAGAUUUACCAAUCAGUCGCAGCGACAGACUCAGUCACGCCCGAAGCCGAAUCCAAAUCCAAAUCUGACGGAGAUCUCUCGCGUCUCGUGGCACUGCAGCAAAUUCAUUCUCCCGUUGAAGACCGUCGACGAUUCUGGCAGCGGUACCUGGGCCAAAUCUCAAUUCGUCAGAAUGCAGAACAAUCAUUGGCCAAGGGCAAGGGCAAGGGCAAAGGCAGUUUCGGAACGAUCCAACAAUUCUAUCGACCUGGUCUGGUUUCAAAUAUGGCCAGUAUCGAACUAGCCGCCAAACGCCGGGGCCUUAGUAUCCAAUCAAUCUUUUUAGCGCUCUAUACUCGCGUGCAUGCGCGGGUUUUCACCGCAGGCGCAGAAGCAGGAGCGGGAGCAGGAGAAGAGAACACCCCGCUAGUGGUUGGAUUGUAUCUUGCUAAUCGGUCUCAAGUCAUGGAUGGAUUGUCUGAGUUGAUGGCGCCGACGCUUAAUAUCGUACCAUUGCGUCUGGACACGGAUGGAAAGGAUUCACUGUUUGUCGCAGCGAGGAAAAUCCAGGACGAUAUUAAUGAGAUUAGUCGAGUUGAACAUGUCGGUGUUUCUCUUGCUGAGAUUGCUGAGUGGACUGGGGUUUGUAUUGAUGUUUGUGUCAACUUUUUGCGGUUGCCGGAGCUGGAGGAGGAGGGACAGCGGCCUGUGAACCUCAAUCACGGGGCCAAUGGGGUACAGGUGCAGUUCAAGUCGAUACAGCGCGAAGACCUGGCAAACGAAUACUCUAGCGCUGCCGACGCUCACGUCCAGACCAAUGGGUUUCAGAAGACCAAGUCCAACGGUGACAGUGCUACCACCGGUUCAGUUCCGAACCAAACGAUUCCCAGGGCGGCGGCUAUCAAAGAAAUCUUCAUGCCUACGAUCGAUGUGGAAGCAGCUGUACGUGAUGGGAAGUUGGACUUUGGACUUUUCGCCCCCGGUACGCGCUUGGAUGGGGUUGAUGCUGAGAGGGUUAUUGAGGGGGUGCGGAUGGAGAUGGGGUUUUUGAUGGAGGAGUGA